GCUGGGCGGAGCGGAGCGGGGAGCCGAGCGGUCCGCCGGCGGCCGUCAGACUGAGGCGGCAUUUCGACGGAGCGGGGCUGUGACCGACCUGUCCGCAGUACAGAAACCGUGCGCUCGGCCACCAUUGACCCUAUACCGAUCAUGGCAGCCGGCGAUGAGUGAUUUACAGCUGAGUGUCUCCGACGCGGCGAUGGGUCACGUACAGCCUGCGUCAGCGGGCUGUCCUCUGGAGCAGGCGGCGCGGGCGCACCAGGAGACCGACGAGCUGCGGAAGCGACCGCUGGACACUGCCGAGCCGCCGCCGCCCGGCAAACGGCUGCGGCCGGCACCCGUGUGGCGACAGGAGACGCCGCCGCCCUCGCCGCACGAGUCCUCCUCCGAGGCCAGCGAGGACGAGUCUGAGGACGAGGAGGACGAGGACGAGGAGCGCGGCUACCAGGGCAGCAUCCUCGCCUCGUGCCUGCUCUCCGAGAAGCGGACCGCCUUCAGCGCCAGCCCGGAGUCGGCGGAGUCGGGCUACUCACCGGCCUGCGAGCUCGGGCGAGCCACCUACUCUGGGUGGUACUCGGAGGGUGGCGCCGGCCAGCGGCCACAAAACCAGACUGUCGAGUGUGACGGUAAGAGUUACAUCCAGUUGGGCGCGGUGCCGGCGCGGCGGGAGCGCUCCCAGUUGUACCGGUACCAGAGGUUCACGGCGCUCCACACCACCAUGCUCAAACUGAGCAGACACCGGCGCAUGGUCGACCCUCCGCUGCGCAAAUCGGUUCUCCUCUUCAACACGAUGCGGCACAUCGAGCGGGAGCUGGAGCAGGAGGGCCUCACUCUGGCAGCAGCCUUCAACCCGCACCACUUCGACAGCGGUCCUCUGACACUGGACCCGCCUCCCCCACCGCAGACGCCGCCACCUCCGGCGGCCGUCAGCCUACCACCGGCACCGGCCGUCUCUGCCUCCCCCUGCGGAGACAGCGGCUUCGGCGAGGACGAGAUCAACUGGAGCUCAGUGCUGAGCCUGGGCAGCCAGCCGGAGCUGGAGCUGGUACCGCUGGACGCCCACACCGGCUGGCAGCUGACGCCCCUCUCGGCCGACGACGUGCUGCGCACCUUCCCGGCAGACCGGCGCGACGAGCCCGACGCGGCGACGGCGGCGGCGGCGCUCUCUUCGCUGCUGGCGCUAUAGCCGAGCCGCGCCCGGACGGGGUGAGCUCUGACGGACGGCGCCGAUACUGUAUUACGGGUAACUGGAUCACACUUACGUCCUCAAAAGAGCUGAGAAAUUCACUUAAAUCCUCGUAAACGAUGUGUCCUACGCUGUUUUUAUUUGAGUAAAGGGAGGAAACCUCCAACUCUCCUCAUCCAAGUAAUUUUCAGGUCACUCAUUCGUUCUUCUAUGAACUCGGUUUUAAUCUCCCUGACCACUUAUUGACCCGCACUCAUAGCUGCUGACCAGUUCCGAUUUAGUUCAACACGAUACCCGCAAUAUUGUGGAAGUGCCGCUGUUGGGCUCGCCCCGGUCCUUGUUGGUGGAUCGCUGUGAUACUUCGAGUACCUGCCAUAGUCGCUAGGUGGUAGCACCGGCGGCUGGGCCGCGCCAGCUGUAUUUUUUGUAUAGUGAUUUUCCGCUGAGAGGCUCAAAGGUGUCGUUACGUCCGAAUGCCAGGGCAGCAGCGGGCUGUGAGGGUCGACCGGGUCAUGUCGGGUCAACUGAGGUCACCGGGUGCCGUUCGGGUCAGUUGAGGUCAGCUGGUGGCUGUUGGCGCCAUCUGUCCGACUCGAGUACAAAGAUGCGCCGCGUAGAGGAGCAAUAAGCGACGCUCAACGGUCCUGCCCACCAGAGCACAUAAGACGGCUCGCGCGGCCGCCUGGUGCGCUGUGCCAUCCGCUGCUGCCGCGCCGACUCGCUGCGGUUGGAAGUACCGCCCUCUGGUCCGCGUGCUGUCCCAAUGAGCUUCACCGGGUGUCGGGCGGCUGCCGCGCGGGUGUGUCCUUCAAUGACAGGUAGCUGUGGAGUGCUGCGGCCCACCGUCGCUGUGUGAAUGGUUCCGGCGACGACCGAGAUUAGGGCCGCGUUCGGCGGCCCGCGAGUCCACCAGACGUGUCAUACCCGCCGGUAGCGGCCGGUUUUAUGGUACCAACACUGCCGCCGUCUGACCGACCGAACUGCGCUGUCGGGACACAGGUCUGCUCUGUUGGACAGCGAAUGUACUGAGUAUGGCGACUGAGAGAUUUAUUUUAAAUAUCUGUUCGUGCUUGUUUGUGCGUGAGGCUGUAGCCCCUGAUCGCGAGUCGCCUCGCACUGAGGGCCAGCCAGAUGGGGUAUGUGCUACGGGACGUCGGUUAGUACGACUGGGCUCAACUGCCUGACAUCGCCCGCUCACUGUAUGAACUGAGUCGCGGUGUAUGUGCUGCGAGACACUGACAAAUUGUGCCGAGCGAUGGGCGCUGCUCAGGCAUGUAUUGCUCUGGAGCGCAUGACGAUUUUGAACAUGUUUUGAUUUAUUUAUUGCAGCUAGUGACGUAGGUUAGCCAUUAGGAGCGCGUGGGCUGCGGGCCGCACAACUACGGCGCCGAUAUUGUCGCAGUAUACCGGCCGGAUUUGUCACAAUAUCAAGCAUCCAUAAUCAAAGCCCAUGACUGCGACGCAUCUGAGUAGCAGGGGACGACAUUAGAGCAGCUGCUGGGUGCGGAGCGGCCCGGCCCGCCUCAGUCUCAGUCCAGCCUCUGGCACAGAGGACGGGUCAGCUCCGCGGCCCGAGCGCCACCGACGGAGCUCAGCCGGUGCCGCCAGCGUUUGUAACGCCUGUUUUGUACUUAGCGUGUGUACAUACGUGUCACCCACGGCCAAUAAACGUGAGGUCAUACCGCGA